AUGGCAUCCUCAUCGUCGGUGGGAACGGCGUCGCUCGCGAGUGCCUCGUCCGCAGCCGCCUUCUACACGCACUUCACCCAGGCCACCGACGCGCUUCGGGCGCAGAUCUGCGACGCUUCCGAUGCGACUGCGCUGCACGCGGCCCUGCAGCGGCUUUCGGCGCUGAAUGCCGAGCUAACCGCAGCGGUGGAUAGCGGCGUUCUGCCCGCGCACGACCAGGCGCUCCACAGGCGUGCGCUCGACGAAAUCACCGCGACCCUCGAUCAACGCCGCCGCGCCAUCCAACCUGCCAAGGCAGUAGGUGGACGCUUUGCCUUUCGCCGCAAGCCUGCCCAACCCGCACGAUCAGCACCGCAAGCGACGAUCACGAGCGAGUCGACACCCGUGACAUCUGCAGAGGAUGCGGCAGGUGCAGAUCGUCUGGCCAUCACAUCGCUCUCCCACACAUCCUACUUGCCUCCACCACAAGAAGCACUGCGACUGUCGGUGCACGUUUGCCACGUGACCAAUUCGCUGGUGGAUUUGCGCUCGAUCAGUGCCAAGGUGGUGUCGGUGCAGCUGCGCGACAUCAGAGACUCCAUCCUCCUCCUGCCGGCUAUAGAGGGCAGUGUGAUGGCGCACGGCAUCGUACACUCGCUCGUGGGCAUUCCAUCGUGCCACCAGUUCCGCAUGCACGCCUCCACGCGCGUGGCCGUGCAGCUCGCCACGAAACGAUCCAGCGUCGUCACCAUCGAAGCGUGUCGCAGCCUCGUCUUUGUUGCCGACAGCGAAGCGUUCAAGGUGCAGGACUUUGACGAUCUCAUCGGCAGCCACCAGCUCGCCUCCUCCACGCCGCACCAUGCUGCAGCACCCUCUUCCAACUUUCGCGUGGUGCAGGCAUCCGUAUCCAUCGACGCUCUGGGCGCAACACAGACGGUCGAGGCUCGAAUCGACGAGGCGCUCACCACGUUGGGUGGCUAG